UGUCGCCCGUCAAGCUCAUGUCCAAAUGCUGAUAUUCAGACGGAUUCGAACGAUCGACCAGGUCAACUGGGCGAAAAGGAAGUACUCGCUGCGCCUGCUUCAGGACUGAAGUUCUCCUACUCUGCUCUUGAACCUACUGAUAGGAGCAUAUUUCGUAUUGAGACUACCUCUGGAUUCAUCGAUCUGAGAUCAUAUGCACCACCUCCAAAUCCUUUUUGCUACCAGCCACCUCGAUCUCUUACUUUAGUCGAAAGACUCAAGAUUUACGAUGAACAUGGUGUUGAAAUUGAAUGA